UCCAGAACAACCGAAAUGAUGAUGAGAUGCCUAUCGAGAAGGCUCCUAAGCGCGGUACGUCCGACUGGUUGCCGGGAGAGCAGCUCGCUAACAGCUGCGGCCACCGAGAAGCAGCGCCCCGUGGAGCACGAUGUGUGCCCCGUACACGGAGACAAGCUGCAGCAGCAGUUGCAGGGCCUCAGAAACCGGCCGGUCGGUGCAGCCGGCGACACCGUAAGGCCGUUCCACGAAAUUCCUGGCCCUAAACCGUUGCCGAUCAUCGGAAACAUCUGGAGAUACCUGCCGCUUAUAGGAGAUAUGGACCUGACACGCAUGCACCGGAACGCGCGGAAGCUUCUCGACCAGUACGGGACUCUGGUUCGAGAGGUGGUCGUGGGGGACCGCGUGGUCGUGCACGUGUUCGACCCGCGAGACAUGGAGCACGUGUUCCGACACGAAGGACGCUACCCGGCGAGGCUGUCGCACCGGGCGCUACUCAAGUACCGCCGCGAGAGGCCACACAUGUACAACAGCGGAGGACUGUUUCCUUCGAAUGGUGAAGAGUGGUUCAGGCUGCGACACACGUUCCAGAAGCCACUGAUGCAGCAGGGCGCCAUGUCUGUCUACGUCGACGUCUUGCAAGAGGUCACCCUGGACGUCGCCAACCUGAUACGGCAAACGCGGGACAGCAGCACGCACGAGAUUGAAGACUUCCUCGAGCAGCUGUACCAGUGGGCCCUGGAAUGCACGGGUGUUCUGGCACUGAACACAAGGCUGGGCUGCCUGCAGCAGUGUCUAAGCAGUGACUCGGAGCAGUCGCGGCUCGUGGAGGCCGCAUCGGAGACGCAUCGCAUCAUCAUGGUGACUGAGAACGGCCUGCCUUUCUGGAAAGUGUGGAACACCCCUGCCUACAGGCAACUGGUCCAAUCGCAGGACUUCAUGGCCAGUGUAGUCAGCAAGUACCUGGAGAAAGCCAAAGUGGGGGAGGAGGGUCCUGAGACUGGGAAAGAGCGCACUGUGCUCGAGAAGUUCCUCGCAAUGCCUGACGUCGACCUCAAGGACGUCUUCGCCAUGAUACUCGACAUAUUCCUUGCCGGCAUCGACACGACAGCAUACUCGACCACGUUUAUCCUCUACUACCUGGCCACGAACCGGCGGUGUCAGGAGAGGCUGGCUCUCGAGCUGGCAUCCCUGCUGCCAACCAAAGAUUCAAAGAUCACCGCGGAACAACUUCAAGAGGCUGUGUACCUCAAAGCCUGCAUCAAGGAAAGCCUAAGGCUUAGCCCCAUCGCGAUUGGAGUCGGCAGGGUUCUUCCGGAAGACAUCGUGCUCUCAGGAUUCAAUAUACCAGCAGGGGUUGUUCGCAAUUUCGUCUUGGAGUACAAGCACGAGGAUCUCGACUGCUUCACUCGGCUCAUCAACGUUCCAGACAAGCCACUCAAGAUGACUUUCAUCGAUAGAAAUUCAUGAGCCCCGAAGGACCAAAGAUGCGCCGGACAUUUUUUUUUUUUUCGAGCACUUUUUACGCUUCCAAAUGAAUCGAGCUUUCCCUCGUGUGCUCUGCUCCUGGCGAAGAAAGAAAGUCCAGCAUCCCUCUCCAACUCGACUAAAUACUUUUGCCAGAGAAGAAAUGAUGAAUGUAUGCAGUGCCAACGCGGUGGGCGAGAUGUUACCCAUUAUUUGUACAGCUGCAAGAUGCAUCGCGGUGCCCGGGACCAGCCUUUACUGGCUUUCAUGUCUUCCUGAGACUUUGCCACACCCGUCAGUCCUUGCGUUUACAUCUAGGAUGAUACUUCGUGACUAGCAAGUCAUCGGGGCGCCACAGAUAUCUCUUUUCAGUAAUUCAGCGCCAAUGCUGGUCUGCACUCUUUUGUAAGAGGCCGCGGGUUCGAAUUACGACCACACCGAACCGCUUUCUGGUGAAGGAGAGUCGCGACUAACGACGUACAGUGUCUUGUUAGAUUCAAGCGUAUCUAAGGGGGCGCGUCGAAGCAACUGUUGUGUUUUCGCCACUUUAUUCACAAUGCUGCAAGCAACCAAUUUUGGCAGUUAUGUGGUGUAUGCUACACAUUUAAGAAGAAAGACCUGUUUCGAGGAACUUUGUUAACCGAAGCCACCACCACAAACUCCGAUGUAAUGGAGCGCUGCGGUGCAAAAGUACAUGUUCGAUACUGAACUGUUCCGUCACUGAACGCAGCACUGAUCGCUAAUCUGCAGUUGCUUUCCGCGUACGUACGCUGUCGACGGUGCAAACUCUGACUAUAAAGCAUGAAAGUGCCUGAAAAAAAAAAAAAAAACAGAGCACCGUUUUCAACAUCAAACACUGCAUUCCGGGGAAUUGUCAUUCCGUGUUAUGGAAACAUGGAUAUGCGCACGCAGCAGUGUUAUACUAUAUUUUAUUUAGCUUUUAUACUAAUCUCAUUGACAUCAAAUAGAAGGAAACGAACUGUUUGUGCUGUUCAUUCCAUCUUUCAUUUCGUUUUUUCUUUUUUUUUUUUCAAAGCACCAGGAUUCGAGACAUGGCUGUUCCAAGUCUUUUUGCUCCUUCUUUGUUCAUAGAGCUACGCAUGCAGCAUCAAUGAAGGAAAAAAAAAAGAAAUCUAUAUUUUGAGAAGUUUGAAUGCUUUUGUCGAUGUGAUUGUUGGAACUCGUGGGUACAAAUAUGUUCGUUGUCAUAUACUUUGUACCUCAGAGUGUAAGGUGUCUCCUGUUUCACUGAAAAAAAAAAACAAAAAAUAAGUAUGGCAGCUACUUUCUCACACAUAGACUCGUCAUUUUUGUGUUUCUUCUUCUUUCGGUAACCGUAUGUGUACAAAAAAAUGUAUGGUAGCCUGUGCCGUACCUGCGGAACUGUCGAAUGCCAUGCAAUGUGAGCUGUUGAAAGCCACACUCACCCGGGCCCAUAUUCACAAAGACACUAAUAAUGCUCGUAAGAAAUUCAGCCAAUCCGGAUGCUAGGCAGAUCAUCCGGGUGCUAGACACACCACUAGCGAAUCCGGUUGACCAAUAGCGAAAAUCUCUUACGAAGGAAAAGUUUUGAAUAAAUUAGGCCCCUGUUCUGCGGAGUGACUUACUAAGCUCCUGAGAAAGGCACUUCACGGCUACUUUAACAACACAGGGCUUCCGAGAGCGGAGGACAGAGCAGUACUCUUAUGUACACUACAGAAGCCGCCUUAUGGCAAGACUUCGAGAUAUGUGCUCGAACGAAAGUAUAGUCAACUCAUGGACAAUAUUUCGUUUUGUUGGCAUCUGGUAACGUGUCUCUGGUCCUUGGUUGGUGUCGUUACAGCAAUUUUUUGUCUCUGCUAUAUAUAGAAACUAUGAAGAGAUUUUUAAGUAUAACGAGCACGAGAAGAUGUACAACUUCUGUCUUUUUUAAUGUUAACAGCAGAAUUUGGCUGAAUCGAUAAUGAUGUGCAUUCUUCUAUUAGAACAUCAAAUACAGAAACUAAAAAAAAUAGGAAAAAAAAACAGACCCGGCGAGGCACUCGUGAAGGUGGCUCGGCGGUUGCGAAGUCCAGCCUGCCGAGCAGAAUGUCGCGGGUUUGCACCAUGACGGUACGAUAGAGAGAGAACGUUUGUGUACUGCGAUUUAAACGAACCAAGAAUCUGAGCUUCUUCGUAAAGGUACCUAUAAGGGGUACAUAUGAGGUACAUAUAAGGUACAUAUAAGGUACAUAUAAGGUACAUAUAAGGUACAUAUAAGGUAGUUAUAAGGAGGUACAUAUAAGGAUUCUAAGUUGUACUAGUUUCGGUUCGCGUCAUACCCUAAGCAAUAAAUGCUCUGCUUCGUAAACACACUUGUAAAUUCCUACCGAGAAAAAUGCACUUGCUUCCUUCAUAUUUACCGUAACUGAUGCAAGAACCCAAAAUUACCCACAUAUUGCCACUUAAGAGUUAUUUCCUCAGUUUAGGCGUUUGCCUACGUCGCUUUCUUUGUAUAUGGUGACGCUCAAAACAAAGCUGCACAAACGGACAAAUAAAAUGAGAAGUGGACACGUUACAACAUUCGCAAGGACGCUGUUUGC